AUGGCAACGCACCGUCAGGAAAAUGUUCAGUGCCAGGAAACGUCAGCGGAAAAGAACGAAAAUGAAUGUUAUGGGAAGAAAGGACCAAUCUUCUGUGAAGCAUGCCAGUAUGAUGAUUCGUUUGAAGAGGCAACGGGAUUUUGUGUGGCAUGUUCCGAGUAUCUGUGUCAGACCUGUUGCCGUGAUCACAAAAGAAACAAGGUAACACGAGAACACUCGCUGUUAAAGAAUGAUGAUAUUCCCCCAGACAUAUCGCCGUUUAAGACAAUUAAGCAACUAUCGACCUGCGAUAUUCAUCCCGACAAUGACAUCGCAUACGAAUGCGGGGACCAUGAAGCCUUGGUUUGCGUUUUCUGUCUAACUGAGAGCCAUCGGAAAUGCGAAAAUAUCCAUGAUCUAGGAGUUGUUGAUUCUGUCGAUUCGGAUAUAAACAUUAUGGCAGAACUUCAAGACAGAAUGCAUGCGUUAAAAGCACAAAAGGAAGAACAACGCAACACGAUCGUGAUAGAACAAGAAAAAAAUAAAAUUGAUGUUCAAUGCCUGGUAGCCAAAUGGAAGGAUCAUAUAACCCGCUUAGGAAAUGACCUUCAAGCACAAUUAACCGAAAUGUCGCUUUCCGAGACAAUGCAAUUGAAAGAAUAUAUUGAUGACUGCCACGAAAUCGAGAUUGAAAUACAAAGAAACAAGACAUUGAUAGAAACACUUAUGAUACACGGAACCAAGCGACAAAUAGCUGUUGUUCUGAGACGAACAAACGAUUCGCGCGCUAAUCUUAAAGAGAAACUGCAUACACUGAAAUGUCAGCGUCGACGAAAUAUCGCGCUCAUAAAUGUCAAACAACUUGAUUUGCUAACAACGAUCGCCGAGUUAUCUUCAGAAGAGAAGGAAAACAGCAAUACUGACAUCUUGGAACACACAAGCGAUGAAGUGAAUGACAAUGUGGAUUUGAAAAACAAACCUACGGUGAAAAUUGAUAAAUCCAUACAGACUAAUUCUUCUUACUCAACAUCUGAUGGAAAACAAAGAUCAUCCAGACCGUUCUCAGAGAGAGAAACCGGACAAAUUAUCAGUUUAUUUAAAAUCAAAACAGAAACAGACACGAGUACUUGCAGUAUUUUUGGGGUUAAGCUAUCUCAACAUGGAAUUCUGUUGGCUGAUUUUGGCAACCGUAAGCUUAAACUCUUUAGCCGUAAAUUCGACCUCAUGUGCGAACAAUCGCUACCUGGACAGCCGGUCGAUAUGAGUUUCGAUGGAGAAUAUGCGUAUGUGUGUUAUUCAGACCUGAAAAAAGUAACCAAACAUCCUAUAUACGAUUCUUCGAUAGGGGUUCCAAUAGGAUUUCAAACUCGGCUCCAGCCAAUUAGUCUGACUGUGUUUGACUCUCGACUGAUGAUUUUGUUUGCGACCAAAGAGAGUUUUGACAGUACGACAGUAGAUGAUGUACAUAUUGAAAUCCGACGAGGAAAUGCAAUAGCUGCUACCAUCUCAUAUAAUACCGAUAAUAAAAGAUUCAAGCAUGUGAGAGCGGCAAAGCAGGUUUCUGUAGUCGAUGGCUUGUCAAUUGUUUUCUCAGAAAAUACACGAGUAACCUGCUACACGGUUGAUUCUCAGGAAAGUAAACUUCAAGAUCGUGAAUGGUAUAACGAAUCGAAUAAAGAAAACGUUCUCAAAAAAGCGAAAGGAUUCGCAAAAGACAGUGAAGGAAAUGUAUAUAUUUGCGGUGAAGAUUCCAACAACGUUCAUCAAACAUCAUCUACAAAUAACAAAGGUAACCGUGUGGUUGUACACAAUAUCAAUCGCCCCGUGAGUGUCGCUGUGGACGAACGGAAAGAAAGACUCAUGAUCGGGUGUCGCGCUGAUAACUACCUGCAUGUAUUAUCCUUCAAGUAG